GUGGAGGUCAACGGUGGCGCCGUCGUGCUAGACCGCCUGGGGCCCAUGGUGAUCGGGCGGGACGGGACGGUGUCACGCAUCGCAAACUGGCUGGACAUGAGUGAUCGAGAGCGGGAGAACACCGUUCGUGUUCUGGGGAAGCGGAACCAGCUGAGGAUGGCCACGCUCCGCCAA